AUGACAGAAAGCGACGAGGGAAAGCAGACUCUCGGCUGCCCAGCGAGGCAGCCUCCUUUGAGAGGUUUUCCCGCCAAGAUGGCGGACUAUGCUGCAAAGCGUGCGGCUCUCGGGCGCUCACCGUCACCACCGCCAGAAAUUCGCUGCAAGGUGCUCAUCAGCAGCGAGGACGGCAUCGUCUUCAGCGCGGGACGACUGCAGGAGCUUGCAGAGAUGCCAGAACUACCAGAGGUCCUCGAGGUACCAUUCGCAAAACACUUUGCCGGCUCACAGCCCGAAGGGCCGACCUCCAAGAACACGAUACGAAAAAUCUGCAUCUGCGACAUCACUUUGUCAGAAAUGGGCCUGGUGCACGAGAAGGCGUACGUUGAGCGUUAUGGUGACAUGGAGUGCAUUUGGUACCAGGGCCGCUGGCUGAACGUGGAUGUGGUUCUGGGCCUGAAAAGAGUUCUGAUUUCUUGA